AAUUCUACAGAAUAAAUCAAGAAAAGCACGAUUUAGCAGAAUCCAACAAAAUGUACAAGCCCCUGGAGUUACCUCCCUGCAAGAUCUGCGAUGGCGAAGCCUCAGGGAUUCAUUAUGGACUCAACACCUGCGAAGCCUGCAAGGCGUUUUUUCGCCGAGCUGUUAUGGAGAAGGAUAAAUAUCAAUGUGCAAAGGAUAAGGACUGUAAAAUUAUCAACAGGAAGAGAGGAAAUUGCUCGUACUGCCGGCUUCAGAAAUGUCUCAAUCUGGGAAUGUCACGAGAUGCUAUGAGACAUGGACGUUACACUGUUGCUAUUCGAACCAAAACUAUCCUGGAAGUGAAGCAACUAAAACAAAAAGCUGAGACCAUAAACCACAUAACUGGUCUGGGCACACCCCAGUUAGAAAUCCCUUACACAAAUGAACCUUCUAUCCCAAAACUAGACAAUCUCAUCUCCAUAGAGACAGCUGACUCCCUCAAUCAAGGGUCGGACAGCUCUGUCGUGUCCACGGCAACAUCUCACAGAGGAUCCAUUCAGAGUAUUUCAUCACAGUCAUCAGACACCACAACAGAUUUCAUCACAUCUCCUGCAGACUUCAUGACCCUGUCACCCCCUCAGUUACAAAUGGACUGUCUGGCAGAUUCCGACAUGACAUCAUUAUUUGAAGAUUUAUCAACAUCCUAUACACAAACUGAGUCACAGCAGAAUCCGAUAAAACUGGAAGAUUUUGCCGAUUCCUUAUUAGAUCAGCCAGAAGCAAAUUCAUUUGACAUUUUGGAAGACCUGAAUGUGUGCCUUCCAGAUGUUUGUCCUGAGGUGGAAGACAAAAAAGAGUCACUAGACAAUCCAGCUUCAUCACCUACAAGAAGAAGUGCCAGGAUAGCAGAGAAGCGACGUUCCACUCUACAGGAAUCCAGACUAGAUGACGAUCCAUGGCUCUCCACCAUAGAUCCCGAUUUCUUCACAGCGACAGAGGAAGUCACUGUUCCCAUAGUGAAAAAACAAAGAUCCAGUCAGUCGGAGUUUGAAAUGUCCGUGGAUGAAAUGGAGCAGAUGAUAUGGACUCUUGUCUGGAGUCAGGAUCAAAUAUAUCCGGAGUACAUCAACUCCUUUGACAAAGAUUACAUUAAAAAGCUCCAUAAUGAAUAUUCUGAGAAGUACAAUAUGAAGAAUGAGUUCUUUGGCUUGAAGAAAUUACUGUCUCCUGACGAAUUUAACAGUUUUUACCUGGCUACAGGCAUUGAUGUGGACGGUCGCAUGGAGAUGCUCAAAAAGGCCAUUGAACAAAUCCAGCAAGGCAUCAUCAAGUAUAUCUCGUUUGCCAGAAUCAUUCCUGGAUUCGAGGAUCUUCCUACUGAUGACAAAUUAGCUCUCAUAAAAGCUUCCCGUUUUGAGUACUGGUUAAUGGGUGAACAUUUACACAUCAACACCGAGAUGAAGGUCAUUUAUUACCCAGACACCAAGGCUCAGCUCACCAGAGAUGACAUCAUCAUGAUCUUUGGAGAACCGGAAGCUGUAGACCAAUGUAUUGAGUUUGCUGCAUCCUUACAAAAGCUCAAGUUAACUUAUGAAGAAGUAGCAGUCCUCAAAGCCAUUAUUAUCACUUUCAGAGACAGAGAACCUUUACAGUGUCCAGAAAAAGUAGAAGCAAUCCAGUGGAAGUUAGUACAGUGUCUGAAAUACUUAAUAAACAAAUUCCACAAAGGGGAGCCCCAUCGCUUCUCCUCUUACAUGGACAAACUGAUCACCAUGAGACAACUGACUGAAAUCAACCGCAAAGUGAAUGGUAGAAUGGAGAGUCUGCAUCUGUCUAUCAUGAAGCGGUAUCCUCUUGUGUACGAGUGUAUUUCCCAUGAUGCAAGAGAAACCCAGAGAGACGAAGAAAAUCACAAGGCUCAACUCGAGUUCAUUAAGGAGACUUGUACUACAUAGAAAAGUUUUCUUUAGUACACUGAGAAUGUACAGUAUUUCUUAGUAUUUAUAACAUUGUAAAGUUGGUGGAGUUGUCCAUCACUUUUUUCAUAUUUAAAAAUCAGUUGUUUUUCGUAAAUUUCAUAAAUAAUUUGUUCACGUAACAAUUUAGGAUAUUUUCUUUAUUGUGGAGAGAGUAGGUAGAUUUGUAACUAAAAAUUCUGAUCAAUGUUACAAAGUAAAAGAUAACUGAUGCAAUUUAGGAAUAUGGACUUGGAGUGAUUUGUGUGUGCAGAUUCUCUUUAGUGUAUAGUUGACAUCAGUAUAUUCAAGUUGUAGAAAUACUGUAGGCAUACUUAUUUUUUGCAAUGAUCUUAUUUUGCAUUUUUUGGGCACUAAAAUUACACCAUAAACAUGAUUAUACAUGUAUCUGACUAUCUUAUACAUGUGCCCUUGUUUGAAAGAACUCAAAGGUAUAUAAUUGGAUUUUUAGGUUUUUGUUGAAAGAUGUAUUCAACUUUCAUUUGCAAUCAAAUAAGUAUGUUUACAAUAUAUAUUUCAAAGUAUAGAUUAAAAGUGUUGAACAUAUAGUUAAGUAGAUAUGUAAUAUUAGGUCUUAAAAGUAAAUAGGUUUUUGCAUUUUAAAGUUUGAGUUAUCGUACACAGAUUUUGAGUUGGAUUGCUUUAUGCUGUUGAGAGUUAUGAUUUGUUGUGGUAUAUAGAUAACAAAUGUAUGUUUUGUUUUUUCUUUAACCUUUCCUGCUUAUUGAUUAUAAAUGAAUUAGAAAGUAUAUUCUACAAUGUAUUGGAAUGAAUAAGAAAACUCCUUGGUGGGUUUUUAUAUGAAUUCUAGUGAUUAAUUGUAAGCUGAAUCAGCCAUAUAUAUAAAGAAAAUUAAUAAUCAUUGCAAUUUAUCUCUUCCAUAAAAUUUGUUAUGUGUUAUAUGUUUUAUUAUUUUUAAAUCUAUCUUUGUUUGUUUUUGUUGCUGAUAAACUCUAUCCUAAAAACCUUUUGAACGUACACCUCAUUUUCAACAGUAUCAAAUAUGUCUUUGGUAAUCGGUUACCCAGUAUUUAAUUUCUCAGUGUAUCACACUUGAAACUGAAUUAAGCCAAAUUCGGCAUCAGUUUUAUCAGGGAUUGUUUGUUUUAGACUAGUACAAUUCAGCUUCAAUAUCUCAAAUACCUGGGAUAUGCUGAAAUGAGUUAAUAGCAGUCCCAAAUCCUUUUUCUGUAUAUAAACCUUGUUAUCUGGAAUCCUUGGAUAUCUAGAAAUUUUAUCUUUGUAUUGUUUGAAAUAACAAGGUUUGACUGUAAUUGGAAAAUUGUUUGAUUAUCCUGAUUUUAUACUGUAUUUAGCUUUAUAUAACAAAUCCACUGAAUUUCAAUCUUAUAAUUUUUUGAAAACAUUCUUAAGAAAAUAAGGGUAUACCCACUUACCCAGGGACAAAAUCCCAACCUGUACACAAUAUCUAGUGUCUAAGAUGUAAUAAAUGGCAUUUGUGCAAUUUGCAUAAAUUACUUAAUUAAGCUGCCAUUUUGAACAACAAAUAUCUAAUUGUUCUCAAAAUAUAUUAUUUAUUAAUUGUUGAAGAAUUCUAUUUAUGUGCCAUUUCUUUAAUGAUUUUGCAUCUUUAAGUACUAACAUUUCUAAGAUAUAUAAAAAAAAACGAGCAAUUUGGGGCAUUUACUUAGUAAAUAUUGUUGAAUUGUUAUACAUUUUUUUCUAUUAUACAUUUUAAUAUUAAUAUACUAAGAAUCAUUUUUGUACAUAAAUAUAUACAUUAUUUGUUGACAUGUUGUUUCUUUUUUAAC